ACAUCUGUUUCGGGCGCCGCUCUGGCAGCGGCCUCGCUCUUUUCAUCCUUUGCAGCAGCAGUCCAGCCUCUCACUGUCAAUGGCGCAAACUUCAUUACCAAGUCGAGUGGAAAUCGCUUCUCUAUUCCCGGCGGCUCCUCCGGCGUUUCGGAGACAAGUGAUCCUCUGAGCGACGGUCAGGCUUGCUUGAGAGAUGCAAUUCUUAUGCAGCGUCUUGGUGUCAACACUAUCAGAGUUUACAACUUGAUUGCCGACCUCAACCACGACGAGUGCGCAUCCGUUUUCAACGCUGCUGGUAUUUACAUGAUCCUCGAUGUGAACAACGGCUUCCAAGACUCAUACCUGGAUCGCACCGCACCCUGGACAACUUACACCAACGCAUAUCUUACCCAUGUCUUCAGCGUCAUUGAGGCUUUCGCACCUUACCCCAACCUUCUUGGAUUCUUCUCCGGUAACGAGGUCAUCAACGAGCAGAGUGCCGUUAAUGCACCCGCAUACAUUCGCGCUGUUACCCGUGACAUGAAGGACUACAUCGCCAAGAACGUAGACAGAGAGAUCGGUGUUGGUUACUCUGCUGCCGAUCCCCACUUGGGAGUACCUUGGCUGCGAGCUGGCCAACUCGACAUCCUCCAAGAUCGACUUCUUCGGCCUCAACGAUUACGAAUGGNNUGUGGCGAUGCCACUUACGAGUCAUCUGGCUACAACGUGCUCGUCGAGCAAUUCGGCAACACCAGCAUCCCCGUCUUCUUCUCCGAGUACGGAUGCAACCUCGUCAAGCCCCGUACUUUCACAAAUGUCCCGGUCCUUUACGGCCAGGAGAUGAGUGUCAUGUCUGGUGGUCUGGUCUACGAAUGGACCGAGGGCGAGAACGACUACGGCCUUGUCAACAUUACUAGCGCCGAUGAGGUCCACCUCCGCGAGGAUUACUCUUAUUUGGCCACUGCGUAUUCGCAACUCGAUGAAAACCUCCUUACCUCCGCCAAUAGCACCGCCACCGGCCAGAAGNCCCCUACUUGUGAUCCCGAUCUUAUCACCGGCUCCUUCUGGAACAGCUGGGACCUUCCUGCCCGUCCCAGCGGUGUUGAUGCCUUGAUCAGCAGCGGUAUCGCCAGCGCAAACAAGGGCAAGACCGUUUCCGUCACCAGCACCGCCAUGCCUGCCUCUGUCUACGAUUACAACGGCCAACAGCUCAACGACCUCGAACUCACUGUUCUCGCUGAGCAAGACAGCAACCGCCCUGGCCUUGCUGGCAACUACACUCCUUCCACACCUACCGGAACUGCCGCAGCCACUGGAAGCAGCAGCACUGGUGCAAGUUCCAGCGCCACCCGCAGCAGUUCUGGAAAGGCCUCAUCUACUGCCUCUCAGUCUGCUGCCACUAGCAGUGGUGCUGCCGCACCCAUGGUUGUUUCCUCUGGCGCUGCAGUCUUUGGUGCUUUCCUUACCUCUCUCCUCUUCUUGUAA